CACUAAUAGCAUUUUAGUCUCCCUUCGACCCUUCCACCAUCAUGUUCUCUUCAUUUUUCUCAACUUCACCCCCUGUCGAUCCGACAGCUCCCAACUUCCAUCCCGUCUCGUCGAGAUUCGCAAAGGAUGAGUUAUUUGGGGAGCUCGAGCCGAAGGACACUGAGUGGACAUGCGCUGGUGGGUUCGCAACCGAGACACAGAUCUGGUACAAUAUACUAGAGGAUGGCACAUCUGUCAUGUGCCAGGUUAUCCAUUCUUCCAUCGGAGUUUGGUAUCCCACCAUCCAGUUCACCUGCAAGAUCUUCAAUCCCAACACCGGAGAGAAAGUCUGGCGAUCAGUCAAUGUCUCCAAUUUUGUGACGCCGCCUCCGGGUCUGGACAAGCGAUCAAGCAAGGCCGACCAGUUUACCAUCACUCAUAAAUCGGACCCCGACUCUGACUUCCCUGAGUCUUAUACCCUCUCCGUAAACCUCUCCACCGACUUCCAAAUUUCUCUCAACGUACGCCGCCCUGCAUCCGUCCCGGGGUACAAAGUAGGUAAGGGACCUGAGGGAGGGUUCUCAUACUUUGGUCCGGAUUCUGCAAAAGCAGAGGGCUAUGUCAUUCAUCGAUUCUGGCCUCGCGAUGUCGGUUCCGGCCACAUCAUCUUGAACGGCAAGGCGAUCACUGUCGAGGGUCCAGGCAUGUUCGUCCACGCCAUCCAAGGGAUGCGACCGAACCUCGUAGCUGCGCGCUGGAACUUCGCCCACUUCCAAAGCUCCCAGCACGGCGGCGUGUCUGCGAUCCAGAUGGAGUUCACUACGACCGAUGCCUACGGGCGGAAAGGGGCUGGGUCUGGGUAUGUGACGGCGAACGUAGGUUCGCUCGUCAUCGGGAACAAGCUGGUGUCCGUUACGGCGGAGACGAAGUGGCCAGAUGAGGAGCAGCCAGAGAAGCCGGAUGUCAUCUCGCGUGCGCUGCAUCUUAAGUCCGCUCAUGACCCUGACACGGGGUAUGCACAGCCCACGGAGCUCGUUUUCCGGUGGGCAGGCCCAUCAUUGCUCCUGGAUGCUCCCGGGUUGGUUGAUGCAACGCUCGCGGUGAACGUCGGUAACCCCACGUCCCCUCAAGGCCUGAUCGAGAAAGUCGAUGUCCUUGCGGAGAUCCCUGGUGUAGUCAAAGCUGUCGUGAGCUAUGUCGCGGGCACCAAACCAUACAUUUAUCAGUGGAUCAAUCCAGCAAAGCUCAUCGUCACUGGCCCAGAUGCAAUCGUGCCGGGGCUGUCUGGAGGUCUGGAGGUGGACGGUCAUGUGUAUAAUGAAGCAACGUUCAUCUCAGCUUGAGAUUGUAGUCCUGUAAUUCCGCCCUGUAUCAUCUUGCAUGUCUGCGCCCAUCCAGUAGCUGCUCUCGAAUAUAAAGCACAGUAUCUGUCUCUUCUCGGUCUGUGCCGUUCAUGUUC